CAGACAAUGGUAAUCAUAAAAUUAGAGUGGUCUACCCAGGUAAUACCAUUGUGACCAUUGCUGGGACUGGCGUGUCUGGUUUUUCUGGAGAUGGAGGUCCAGCUGUCAAUGCCCAAUUAUCUUUUCCACGUGGAAUUUAUGUAUUCAAUUCAAAGAUUUAUAUUGCCGACCAUGGCAAUCACAGAAUUCGUAUGAUAUACAAUGGUUACAUACAAACCAUUGCUGGUAACGGCCAAGUUGGUUCUGAUGGCGAUGGAGGACCUGCAAUUUUUGCUUCAUUAUGUUAUCCAACAAGUGUAAGAGUUGCACCUUCAGGAAAUGUUUACAUUUCUUAUUUUGAUCAUGAAGUCAAUGCAAUAAGAAAGGUAGACACGUAUGGAGUCAUUUCCACGGUCAUUCAAUCCUCUUCAAGAAUGGUUGGUCAAAAUUUUUGGGUCACAGAUAAUGAGAGAAAGAUCAUCAUGCCCAACUGGUUCCAAAACACCAUUUCUAUAUAUAGUUAUCCUCAGUCGGUAUUAACAACAAUUGCUGGCAUUUCUGGUUCAACAGGUUAUUCUGGAGAUGGAGGUGAUAGUUUGGCAGCACAACUCUAUUGGCCAUAUGGAGCUGUUGUGGAUAACAAUAGCGGUACGAUUUACAUUUCCGAUAACUUCAACAAUGCCAUUCGAACUCUCAUUCCCAAUUGUGGUUCUGGACAGCUCUACAACAAAACAGAAUUGGAUUGUUUUGACGUUUGUUUUGGAGUCCCUUCAAAUUUAGCACAUGUUUGUAGUGGAAAAGGAACUUGUACUGCACCAAACACAUGUUUGUGUCCAUCUGGAUGGAAAGGAAAAGGUGAUUGUUCAGAGUCUUCAUGUGAAGCUUUGGGUAAUUGUAAUGGACAUGGUAUUUGCACGGGACCUAAUGAAUGUACAUGCCAAACAGGAUGGAAAGGAAGUAGUGAUUGUUCCAUGUUCUCAUGUGAUGGAAUGAAUAACUGUACUGACCAUGGAACCUUCCAACAACACGUGCGACUGUCACUGGGGUUGGAAAGGUUAGAUUGCUCAGUUCAAGAAAGUACUAAUGGUGGAGGUAAUACCGUAUCUGUCGACAGCAAUAAUCCAACAACACCAACAGGUGCAAUCGUUGGAGGCGUAAUUGGAGGUGUGUCUUUACUCGGAGGUUUGAUUUCUUUUAUUUUCAUUGUCAUGAUUGCAUGGCGGAAAGUAAGGAGUGUCAAGAAGACCAAAAAUUCACAACAACUCAAAAAAACACUCACUCCACCACCUCUCGAACUUCCACAAUCACCCUCAAGAAGAACAUCAAAAACCACUGCUUUCUUUGCAACACCUGUAACACAGAACGACGAACAAACGUUCACAUAUUCAACAAUUAGUUCAGCAAUAUUUGUAUCUGCAACUCAUUCAAAUGUAGACAAUUGUGCCACUCCUACCAACAAAGAAAAUGUAUUGUACUCCCGAUAUGAAGGAUAUUAUCAAUUUUUAGGAGAAGGGGUUUUGGAAAAGUUUACCAAGUUAAAUUGA